AAUUUUGUAUAAGAGAAAAGAGGGGAAGAUAUGAAGAUUGAUGAGGAGGAUAUUGGUGUUGGUUUAGAUCGAGAAGAUGCAUUCCAAACAGACGAUGAAGAAAACCGAGCCGAAAGGGUAUGUGGUCACGCCGAGGACGAUACUGAAUCUGAUUUCACCUUCCCGUCUCGAAAUUCCUCCAACAAUUUCAUUGGAGCUAACAAUUCCAAUUGGCCUCAAAGUUACAGGGAAUCGAUGGAUAUGCUUAAAGGUGCUACGCCUCAAUCCCUUAGUUUCCUAAAGAUAAGUGGUGUAACAGGAUCAGUGGGGAGCACCACCUCAACUUGCAAAUAUCCAAGUCUCAAUGAUGAGUCUUCUUCCCUCGAUAAUCCGCUCGUUUUCGAGACAAUUUUGGAUGAAGAAGCGCAUACCCCUAAUCUAAUAGCCUCGCAGCAAAGUAUAUCGAUCAACGGAUCAAUACCACCCUUAGAGAAUCAGUGUUCAUUUAUCCAAGCACUUAUUAAUGGAAUCAAUGUUCUGUCCGGCAUAGGACUCCUUACAACUCCUUAUGCAGUCAAAGAAGGAGGGUGGCUUAGCCUCAUAUUACUCGUAAUAUUCGGUAUCGUUGCCUGCUAUACCGGGGUUCUAUUAAAGAGAUGUUUAGAAAGCUCACCUGGUCUGCAAACUUAUCCUGAUAUUGGCCAGGCUGCUUUUGGUGUAGCCGGUCGCUUAAUGAUAUCCGUGAUUUUGUAUGCAGAAUUAUAUGCGGCAUGUGUGGAGUAUGUAAUAAUGAUGAGUGAUAACCUGUCGACGAUUUUCCCGAACACCGGCAUGCAUUUAGCCGGAAUAUAUCUUGAUGCUUCUCAAGUAUUUGCUAUCAUAGGAACUCUUUUUAUUCUCCCAACUGUUUGGCUUCGAGACCUUAGCUUGCUCUCGUAUCUAUCAGUUGGUGGAGUUGGAGCAUCAAUUUUAAUGGUGCUUUGCUUGUUAUGGAUCGGAGUGGAUCAUGUCGGGUUUCAUCAAGGCGGAACCUCCCUUAACCUCGUAAAUCUUCCGAUCUCGGUCGGUAUAUAUAGCUUCUGCUAUGCUGGCCAUUCGGUUUUCCCAAAUAUAUAUUCUUCCAUGAGAGAGCCCUCACUAUUUCCUGUUGUUCUUAUAGGCAGCUUUACGUUUUGUUGGUUCCUUAGCACAGGGAUAGCAAUCUCUGGCUUUCUGAUAUUUGGUGACUCAGUUGAAUCUCAGUUUACUUUAAACAUGCCAACGGAAUUUUUAGCUUCGAAAAUCGCAAUCUGCACCGUGGUUAUCAUAACGAUAUCGAAGUAUGCCUUGACGCUCACUCCCAUUGCAUUGAGUCUCGAAGAACUCAUAUCUUCGACAUGGUUUAGAUCUUACGGUGUUUCAAUACUCAUCAGAACAGCUUUAGUGAUUUCAACUCUAGUUGUCGCGAUGAAAGUUCCCUUUUUCGCUUUUGUGAUGGCAUUGGCAGGAUCUUUGUUGGCAAUUUUGAUAACUAUUGUGUUCCCGUGCUCCUGUUAUCUGAGCAUAUUCAGGGAUCGAUUAACCAAGUUACAAAUUACAGUGUGCAUUUGCAUCGGCGUUCUGGGGUUGAUAAUCGCUGGUCUAGGCACAUACGCUUCGAUCAUAAGAAUAGCAGGCCAACUUGGGUGAGGUGCAUGCAUUGUUCCAUUGUUCAGAUGAUGGAUACAUAACAUCAAUUGUAA